AUGGUUUUUGAAAUCAAGAUUAUGUUCAUGUUCCGCGCCAUCAAUUCCUAUUCACAUCAGGAAGGGAAAGAUCCGCCCAAAGGCCGCAUUUUCCAACUUUUGACAAUCACGAGAAAACUCUUGACUACAAAGACCUGUCAGAACAGCUUAUUUUGGACUGGACCUACUUUUUUUGAUCCUAAAUCUGGCCUAUUGCAUAGUGCCUCAACUGAUGACACUUUCGAGGACUUCCCAGCCUGCAGGCCUUUAGCCCGAGAAAUGGCUGACCAACCCUUCCCCCGAACCUAUGAAGUACAGGACUAA